AUGGAUACCGAGCUCAUCCUGGCCUACGUGGUACUCGCCCUGUCGCUGGUGGCCCUGUACUUUGGCUGGAUGGUCUGGAGGCUCGUGGACACGAGCUGCCCCACGCUCUCCCGUCCAGAGGCGGCCAGGUGGCCGCGGUCGCUGCGGUGGAUGGUCGCCCUCACUGUGGGCACGGGGUGCUUGCUGGUCAUGCAGGUGCUGCUCGGGAUCAGCCUGGGGGCCCUGGCGCUGCUGGCCGACUCCGCCCACGGCGCCGCGGACUUCGCCAGCUACAUGCUAGCCUCGUUCGUCGAGUACUUCAAGUUCCGGUUCGGGGCGGGCGCCUUCAACCCCAAGGCCUCCGCGCAGCUCGACCGGGCCUCCGCCGGAUUCAGCGUCUUGAUCGUGAUGGCGACGAGCAUCUGCGUCUGCGCCGAGGCGGCGAGGAGCCUGCGCGCAGCCGAGCCCCCAGACGCGAAGGACGGCCUCGGGUCCGCCAUGCUGGUGGUGGCAACCCUCGGCAUGGCCCUGAACGGCUCCCUGCUCGCGCUCAAGAUGUGGAUGGACUCGCAGCCACUGCAGCCAGAGGCGAUCGCCCCUGCGGCCCUGCCGGAGGACGUGCCGCAGGACGCGCCCUCGCGGGAACGCCGGGCCGCUCGCCAGGGCUCAGGCGCCAAGGUGCCGCGCUUCUGCACCCCGGGAGGGGGCGAGAAGGUGCAGAUGAGCCUCCACGCCGCGUUCCACCCCGGGUGCCAAGACGGGCAGUGCGCGCUUGGCGCCGAGCACAACCUCAACGUGUACGGCGUGGUCCUCCACGUCGCCACCGACGUCGCGAGGACGUUCCUCAUGGCGGUCGCGGGAGGGCUGCUGAAAGCAGGCGUCUUCAAGAACUCCGCCUACGUCGACGCCAUCUGCGCCUGGAUGAUCGCCGGGUGCGUCACGCUGGGCUCCGUGUGGAUGCUCGGUGCCGCCUGCAGGGGCCCGGACCAGCCGCCCGCGGGCUGGAAGGGCCGCGGCGCCCAGGGCGAGGCCUCCUACGGGGCCGCCUGA